AUGAAAACAAGAUGGACAAUUAGCAUUGUGGGAAGCACAGUGCAGUGCAAAGAGCAACCGGGAGCAGUCCUAAGAGGAACAAGGGAAUCCACGUGCAGGCCAGGAAGCACCUCUGUUGUACAAGUGGAAGAAAUCGGCCCACAGUUUAUUGAGUCUCCCAAAAAGCAGCCAACAGGAUCUGCCUGGAUCCGGAGGAAGCCUGCUGUGUCUGGAGAUCCCGGAGCCCAGCCGGUGCUGAUGGAAAUACUGGGUUUGCAGGAGCCCAGAGAACCAGCACAUACAACCAGAGAUGCUGACUGGGCUUCUGGGGAGCAGACACGCGCUCCUAAGGAGUCCCGAUCUCUUGGGGAUUUAAUCAACAAUUUUCUAUCCCCAGAGAGACUGACCGCAGAGAAUCAAUACCACUGCAAGAAAUGUGCUUCCUUGCAGGAUGCUGAGAAGGUGGCAGAGCUGACAGAGGCCCCACAUUACCUCAUCCUCACACUGCUGCGCUUCUCCUUUGACCCAAAGACCAUGAAGAGGACGAAGAUCCUGGACAAUGUCUCCAUUCCUGAGGUGCUCAAACUGCCCAUCCUCGUCAGCUCUGAGGAAACUGAGGACGUUUGUCGGCAUGGGAUGGGCAGAUCUGACCUGGGCAGCACCUUUGUGUCCACCGUGUACGACCUCUGCAGCGUGGUGGUGCAUUCAGGCAUCACCUCCGAGAGCGGACACUACUACUGCUUCUGCAGAGAGUGCACCGAUACCGUGCCCAACACACAGCCUCGGGAUGGGACACCAAAACUGGCUUCCAACAAGCAGCUGGACUCUGAGAUCCCGUGGUACCUCUUCAACGACCACAGGGUUUGCACCUGCUCCUUUGAAACCAUCAGCAACCUGACUUCUUUAUUUCCCAGUGCCACUGCCUACAUGCUCUUCUACAGGCAGCGGGCAGAGAGACCAAGCUCCCCACUGCAUGCGGCUGUGGCAGAAGUCAGGAAACUGCACAGCCGGUCCUUCCCUCAGUAAGGACUUGAUGGAAGCCAUCUCCAAAGACAACAUCCUCUACUUGCAGGAGCAGGAGCAGGAAAAGGGGGCGAGGAACAGAGCUGUCUACAUUUCCACCUUGCCAACAUCCCCGCUGUGGUGGAGAGACUCCAUAAGAAGACAGUUCCUGAUACAACACAGUGCAGCCCCCUGAAAAGGUUGAAAGUUCACAGCUAGAAAGACAUCCAACGUCCAAAACAUCCUUCAUCCAGCCACCACCAGAGUCCUCCACCACAUCUUUGUGACAUGCUUAAAAGAGCGGGACAGCAAAUUAAUAAUUUCUCAAAAUUCCAUCCAUUUUCCCUAAUAAACAUACCUCCACCACAA